AUGGAUCACAGACUCUCCAGAGGCAGCUGGGUACCGGUGACUGGCCUGGUUAUAUGUCUGCUUCUGUGUGCAUGUGUGGUGGACCUGGUUCUUGCUCAAAUUCGGUACUCCAUUCCCGAAGAGCUGGAGCAUGGAGCGUUUGUGGGCAAUAUCGCCGAAGACCUGGGUUUGGAUGUGGCCAAACUAUCAGCCCGCCGGUUUCGCAUUGUCUCCGGCGCAAAGAAGCAGUAUUUAGAAGUGAACUUGGAAAAUGGCAUUCUCUUCGUCAACGAAAAGAUAGACAGAGAGGAGCUGUGCGAACGAAGCCCGAACUGCUUUCUGCACUUACAAGUGGUUAUUGAAAACCCAUUAGAACUGUACAGAGUGGAAGUGGAGAUUUUAGACGUGAAUGACAAUUCUCCCAGUUUUCCAUGGAGCGAAUUCAAUCUUGACAUCACAGAAUCCGCGGCGCCCGGCUCCCGUUUCCCGUUAGAGAGCGCACAGGAUCAGGACGUGGGCACCAACUCUCUGCGCUCCUACCAGCUCAGCGCAAACGAACACUUCGUGUUGAAUAUCCAGACGCGCAACGAUGGAAGCAAGUUUGCUGAGCUCGUGCUGGACACCCCCCUGGACCGGGAACAGCAGAAAAAGCACGAAAUGAUUCUAACUGCCUUUGACGGGGGAUCACCGGAGCGCUCUGGGACAGCGUUGAUAACGAUUACAGUGUUAGAUGCCAAUGAUAAUGUGCCUGUAUUUGACCGCUCAGUUUACCGGGCGAGCCUGGUGGAGAACGCACCGAGGGGGACACUGGUGCUGAAGCUGAACGCCACUGACUUGGAUGAAGGCUCAAACGGGGAGGUUACUUACGCGUUCAGCGGGCACGCACCACUCAAGGUGCGCGAACUGUUCAGCGUGGACCCGUACAUGGGUGAAGUCCGAGUGAAGGGCGUCGUGGACUAUGAGAAAGCCAGCGUAUAUGAACUGUACGUGCAAGCAAAAGACAGAGGACCCUCGGCUGUGGCAGUGCACAGUAAAGUGCUGGUGGACAUCCUGGAUGUGAAUGACAACGCGCCCGAAGUCAUCCUCACAUCAGUGUCCACUCCUGUCCAGGAAGACGCGCCGCCGGGAACGGUGAUAGCCGUGAUCAGUGUCAUGGACCGGGACUCGGGAGAGAACGGUAACGUCGACUGCCAAAUCCCGAGCACCGUCCCCUUUCAGCUCCAUUCAUCUUUUAAAAACUAUUAUACUCUGGUGACGAGCGAGUUUCUGGACAGGGAAGCGGUGUCUGAGUACAAUAUCACCCUCACAGCAAGGGACUUGGGAUCUCCUUCGCUCUCCACCAGAAAAACAAUCCUUGUUCAAGUGUCUGACAUUAACGACAACCCCCCGCGGUUCUCUCAACCUUCAUACACAGUUUAUGUGACCGAGAAUAAUGCCCCGGGCGCUUCCAUUUGCUCUGUAACUGCGUUCGACCCCGAUUCUAACCAGAACGCCUAUCUGUCUUAUUCUAUUCUCGAGGGUCAGAUUCAGGGCAUGCCAGUGUCCACUUAUGUCUCAAUCAACUCUGACAACGGUAACAUCUACGCACUGCGCUCUUUUGAUUAUGAGCAACUUAGAAACUUUCAGAUUCUGGUACAGGCGCAGGAUGCUGGCUUCCCUCCUCUCGCCAGUAAUGUCACAGUGAACGUCUUUGUCUUGGACCAGAACGACAACGCACCUGUAAUUGUAUCCCCGCUGCCCAAAAACGGCACGGUGGCCACAGAGGUUGUUCCGCGGUCAGUAGACGCGGGGUAUCUGGUUACCAAAAUAACCGCGUUAGACGCAGACGCGGGGCAGAACUCCCGGUUGUCCUAUCAGGUGUUGCAGGCUACAGACCCGGGGCUCUUCAGUGUGGCUCUGUACACGGGCGAAAUCAGGACUAUUCGCCGCUUAGUGGAAAAAGACGCAACAAGACAAAGGCUGGUAAUACUAGUCAAGGACAACGGACAGCCGCCGCUCUCCGCUACCGUCUCCAUUGUCCUCACAGUAGUAGACAGCGUGCCGGAGUCGCUGUCAGAUUUCGGAGACCUCACACUCAGCCCCCAGCCACCCUCGAACCUCGCUCUCUACUUGAUCGUGUCACUGAGCACAAUAUCUUUAAUAUUCCUGGUGGCUAUCAUCGUGCUGGCCGCGGUCAAGUGCUACAAGGACAGCGAGACCCUCAGCGGGUACAACCUGCCCCCGUUAGCCUGCUGCUGUUGCGGGGGGUUUCAGCCGGAGCCGCCCCCGGAGGUGUUUAAAAAAUCCAACCUCAACCUGCAGAUUUCAUCCGCCGCCAAAGUGCCCACGAACUGCAUGGAGGUGAAUGGAAAUAGCAGUCUGUCUCAGUCAUAUUGUUAUAAAGUGUGUCUGACCCCCGAAUCAGCCAAAAGUGACUUUAUGUUUCUGAAGCCGUGCAGCCCGAGCAGCACACCGAGGAACAACGAGGCAAAGAGCGCAGAAAACUCGUGGAACGCGCAAAGCCGGAGCGCAUCUGUGAACAACGGAGCAACUACUCCCAAUGAGCUGAAGCAGCCAAACACAGACUGGACCCUCACAAAGAAUCAGAACUCAUCUAUUAAAAGUUACAACUCUAUCAACAUGGAUGGCACCCUCAUGCGUAAGGCCAUGCAUGCGGACCCUGAAAAUUAUGUCACCUCCAUGGCACCUGGGCAGUACUGGACCUGGGGUACUCACAUGAGAGACUAUAAGAUGUCUCCUUCACCCAGCGGACUCCCCUCUCGCCCCUGGACUCCUCGGUGCACACCUCCUCCCCAGCAGCAGCAGCCAUCGAUCCCAUCCCACCCGCACCCUCACCCACCACCUGACUACCACCACAACGUGUACAUCCCUGGGACACCAUCGGGCUUUUGCACCCUGAGGCCCACCGCGCAGCGAAGUGAGCUGGAUGUCCACAAUUCCUUCUCCACUUUUGGCAAGAAGCGACAGGAAAGGAUGCCGUUUUGGACCUCAGUCUUUGUCUUGUGUGCGGCAUGGCCCAGUGCUUUGUCUGUGACACGAUACUCCAUAGCCGAAGAGAUGGAGAGGGGCUCUGUUGUGGCUAACCUUGCUGCAGAUUUGGGACUUGAUCCUGGAGGUUUGGCGCAACGAGAGGUAAAGCUUGAUAUUUUCACCAGCAAAAAAUAUCUAGAUUUUAACAAAAAGACAGGGGAACUGUAUAUCGUAGAAAAGAUGGACAGGGAAUAUCUCUGUCCGGCGAAACCCACAUCCUGUUUUUUAAAGCUUGAUGUUAUCAUAGAAAGCCCCCUACGUAUCUUCAACAUUGAGCUUGGAAUAACAGACAUAAAUGAUAAUGCUCCACAUUUUCGAAGAGACAGAGUAGAGCUUGACGUUUCAGAGUCGGCGACACCCGGCGAGAGGUUCUCUCUGCCCAAUGCUGUAGAUCCAGAUGUUGGAAUAAAUACAAUUAAAACGUACAAACUCAGUGUGAGUGAGCAUUUCACUAUCGAAAUUCAGACAGGCAGCGACGGAACUCAAUAUGUGGAUUUGGUGCUGACCAAGUCUUUAGACAGAGAGGAGAAGGCUGUUCAUAAUCUAAUACUGACUGCUGUGGACGGCGGUGUCCCUGUGCGCUCUGGAACUGCCAAUAUUAUAGUAAGAGUGCAGGACACUAACGAUAAUCCUCCUCGGUUUGAUAAGCAGACCUACACCAUUAACAUGACAGAAAACAGCCCCAUAGGAGCCUUAGUGAUGAAGCUGAACGCUACAGAUCUUGACGAGGGUCUGAAUUCAGAGAUAGUGUACUCAUUUACCUUGUACACGUCAGAAAAAACACAAGAUGUAUUUGCAAUGAAUCCUAACACAGGGGAGAUAACUGUGAAGGGAACUAUAGACUAUGAAGAUAUGAAAUUUUAUGAGAUGCACAUUGAGGCCAGAGACAAGGGGGCGCAUCCUUUGCUAGGGCAGUGUAAAGUAGUCGUCCAUGUGACAGACAUGAAUGAUAAUUAUCCAGAAAUCACCAUACAGUCUGUUAAAAACACAGUCGAUGAGAACAUACCCGUAGGAAGUGUCAUUGCGCUGGUAGGAAUAAGUGACAGAGACACUGGAGAAAAUGGAAAAGUGAGUCUAUCUAUACAUCAGCGUAUGCCUUUUAUUCUGAACGAAUCAUCAGACAGACCCAUGCAUUACAAGCUUAUAGUGUCUGAACCACUGGAUCGCGAAACAGUCCCUGAAUAUGAAAUCAUGCUUAUUGUGACAGACGCAGGAAAACCUCCUUUAUCUGACAAUGAAACAAUAACUGUUCAUCUACUGGAUGUCAAUGACAACGCGCCACAGUUUCCACAGUCAUUUAAUACUAUACGUGUCAUGGAGAAUAACGCACCUGGAGCCUUGCUCAGCUCUCUCACUGCGUUUGACCCUGACCUCCAUGAAAACCAGUAUCUGGUUUACUUCAUAAUAGAGAAGGAGAUAGCCAACACCUCCAUGAACAGUGUGAUCAGUGAGAGGAACUCCACUGUGGCAGAUUCCACUCUGGUGUCCAACGAUGCCUACUGGUACAGUCUGUUUCUGGCAGAGACCAGGAAAGGAAAGCUGGUGGUCAGACAGCCUGUGCCAAAGGGCUCCAGAUACAUCGUGUCCAGUAUACCGAGAGGGACAGGACUGACAGACACGAGUGACUCAGCAGCUUCUACUCUGCAG